AUGAAUCACCAUAUCACUCUAAUUGGACUGGGAACCAUCGGCAUCUCCAUGGCUGCUCUGCAUCUCCGCAAUUCAACCUCAACACUGCAUCUCUUCGACACUCGUCCUGAUCUGCAGGCGUAUAUCGAAUCAACGCUCCCCCCUUUCCUCUCACCCGACACUCCAUCCGUUACAUCUCUCCUCUCAACUGGCCGUCUCAUCAUCCAUUCAAGUCUAGAAUCAGCUAUAAAACCCGCAACAAUUAUCCAAGAACAAGGACCCGAAACACCAACUUUCAAACAAACACUCUGGAAACAAGUUGAGUCACUCGCCUCCAAAAAUGCACAUUUCUGGACCAGCACAUCUGGUAUUCCUGCCUCGGUGCAGAUGGAGGGAAUGAGCGGAAAAACGAGACUACUUGUCGUGCAUCCAUUUAACCCGCCGCAUAUAAUGCCGUUGAUCGAACUUGUUCCUGCACCUACGACCACUGCGUCAGAGGUCGAUUUUGCAAGGGAAUACUUCUCCUCGUUAGGAUCUGGUCAUCGACCAGUUGUUGUGAAGAAGGAAGUGCCGGGAUUCGUGGGGAAUAGACUAGCAUUUGCACUGCUUCGCGAGGCAUGCCAUCUUGUCAAAGAGGGUGUCGUGAGUGCGCCUGACCUCGACACGAUAUUAAUGGCGAGUCUUGGACCACGAUGGGCGGUCAAUGGUGUGUUUGAGAGUUAUCAGGCUGGUGGAGGAGAAGGAGGGAUUGGGUCGUUUUUGGGUAAACUGGAGGGAACAAUUCAGCAUGUUUGGGAUGAUUUGGGAAAGAUUGAUAUGGAAGGUGAUAAUGAGUGGAGGGAGGAAGUAGUGAGACAGACCGAUGAAGCGUAUGGAGUGUCGAUGGGAGACAAGGCAAGAGUCAAAGAAGAGAAACUGCGAAAAGUGCUGGAUGUACAAAAUGAGAACAUUGAGUAA